AUGAAAAAAGUAGAAAGCGCAAGUUGUGAGUCGCUGGAAAAUCCCAGCGAACGGGAAAGUUACUCGUACGAUGCAAAUAAGGUAAACCAUUUCGUGGAAAAGGAGGAAAGGAAGAAAAUACCCAUUGAUGAGCAUGGCGCGAAGGCGGGGGGGAAUGACACUAGUAGACAUAACGCUGAAGGGGGGGAAGCGACCAGUCCCAAUAACCCUGACAAUAAUAAUGGGACCAAGGAUAGUACCAGCGCAGACGUGGAAGAUAAAAUAAUUAGGAAAUAUUUGAGCAAGCGGAUGAGUGACAUAGGCUUAAACUGCAUGAGAGGGAGUGAGAGUGAAGGAGAAAAUGCGGAGGAGAGGGGAAUACAAAAGGGAGACGGAGGUGGAAACGGGAGUAGGGGCGGAAGUUUGGGGGACAGUCUGGGCGAAGGCAGAAAGGGACAGUCCCCCAAAGGUCUAUGCGAACCGCCCGGAAAACACCUCAACAUUAUCAGCGACAGCAGCAGCGAUGGAGAUGAUGUGCCGCUGCUGAAAACGCUCAAAAUUGAGGAGACAAAAGUGCGCGUCAAAAUGGGAGACACAACGGGAACCAAUUGGCCAACACCUGACUUUAAUUAUGAGCCGGAGUUAACCAAAAGAAAGUUGAGGUUAGUACCCCUGGAAGAAUACGAAGAUGAAGAAGAUAUCAACAAAGAAGGAUUUAGAAAGGUAUAUGAAAUCUCUGCCUUCCCGGGGGUCUUUCGAGACGCAACUGGGAAGGCUUAUGACUUAAGGGACAAAGAAUCCUGUCCUUCCACGUGGCGGUUAUUCAGCCGGAUGGAAAGCUUACCCACCUGUGGCGCGUCCAAUCGGAACAAGGAGGGCCAGCGUGCGAAGUACAUCAGGCUAGAGUUGCAGAAGUAA